CCAGUCUUCUCUCGCGUAACCAGCUUGCUGCGUGAUCCAGAGAGCCUUCUUAUAAAACCACGCCCAAUGUCCUCUCUCAAAUCUGCUUCGAAACCACUGAGCAUCUCAGCUCCGCAUUCUUCAACGUCGUUUCGAAACCCUCCAAAAAAAUGGUCUCCCAAUUCCUUCUAGCGCUUGCUGCAAUUACCACCACCACGUUUGCGGCGCCUUCUCAACAACAAUCCAGCACAGUACCCAAUGUAUUCUGGACAAUCAUUAACCUAGCUCGAGGUGCUCUUCCCUUCCACUCCGCUUUUCCCUUCCCCAGCAUUAAUAAAUGUCUCAGACUGCACCCCAUCAACCCUCCCCUCUCCAUCCUGCUCCUACGAAUUCGUCAUCUCGGCCACCAACGCCCAGCCCGACUUCACCUGCCGCCUCAGAGACUACGGAAGUCCCAUUUCAUCACAGAACACCACUCUCAGCGACCCACGCUGGAACAGCUUCGGUGCCUAUCGCUGCAAUGGCAAUGAUGCUC